GUACGGAUUAUCUCACGAGUCAUAAAAGCAAUACCGCAGCCGAGCCAGAGGAGGAUCCCGGCAGCAUGUGGUCCUAGCUCCCCCAGCCGAGGCAGUCACCCAGCUUUGUGGAAAUGCGACCAUUCGUGAUGGCGCUGAAUUGCAUACGCCAGAUUGCAACACGCAUCGGUUCACGGAACACUAUCCACAAUACAGCAGCGCAAUCUUCAAGCCUCUCGCCGCGAUUGUGUCUUGCCCUUUGUUGCAUCUCUGGACAUGCGAUUGCAAUAAAAACACCAUGGCAGCGUCUGCAGACCCUCUCGAGAGCAAUUCCCGCCCAAACGGUCAAUCUCACAAGAACAAGAACAAGAACAACAACCCCGUCAGCCAAGUGCUGUCCCUACCACCAAGAUGGCUCCAUAUGUACAGCGAUUUCAUCACCAAGAACGCGCAAUCAGUUUCGCAGAUCGAGAGCGCACUGCGCUCACUGACGUACAUUAUACCUGGACGCUUCCGCGAUGCCGAAAUAGCCUCCGAGUCGAUACAUUCAGGCGUCCAGCUCCUAUCGCUAUACCACGAUGCUGUCUUGCUGAAAGCGCUUGCCCAUAUCCCGGGCCUAGCUUCCAGGAUUCCUAGUCCUCAUGCAAGAUACACCCGCUUCUGGACCGCCAAAAGUCGCAUUUACCGUAGAGUAGCACUCCUCUUGCAGGUAGUGCAGUACACAGAGUUAUUGUGGGAGAUGGCAGCAAAACGGCGCGGCGAGAAGGUGCGAUGGCGUGUGGUCAUACUGAUCGAAGUCAUGAAGGCUGUAUGCAAACUGUUGCUUCUGCGAAUCACGAAUUCGAGGCCACUAGUCACACCUGUUCUCCCCGAACGAGAACCCAUACCCGAGCAGGAGGACGGUCAGAGCAACGAGGACGCCCUCAAAGAGUUGAUGGGAGAAGAAACCGAAGAAAGCUUCCUUGCACUGAAUGGCAACGCAAAACCAGCACAUGAAAAGGAGUGGUCUAUGCCGCGCACAGGCAGCAAUCUACCAAGCUUGCCGAAUCCAGGCGACAUAAGUUCAUACCUGCUUAGCAAGGUCCUGACAGCGGACGAUAUCAAACCGGCAACGAAACUUUUGAAUUCUCUACACGGUUCCGCGCAAGCUGCCGAAAUACUACAUAUCCUUGCGCCCCUCGUAUACGCCAUAGCUCUUGCAAGAAGCGAAAACAAAAAGUCAUGGACGCCAUGGCUCGUAGGGUUGAGCAUUGAGUAUGCCGCAAGACAGAUCCGCGAUAAGAGUUUCAGAGCGACAGCACUGGAGCGUGAUGAAUGGAGUAAGCGAGUGUGGGCCAUGGGUUGGUGGGCGAUGAGAGGCCCCGCUUACGAAAACCUCACCAAGGUUGUAGUAGGUGGCUUCAAACGGCGAAUGCCUAACUUCGUAGGAAGCAUACUCGAAGACUACGAGUACUUGUGGGAGAACUACUACUUCAGCACCAGUGGUUGAACCAGAGGCAACAUCGAGGCCUUGCUGGAUGCACACUGUGUCCCUCUCUUCCUACAGCAUGCAACCUGCGGAUAUGAUUGUACGAUUUUGUUGGGUGUCAAGACGAGUACUAAACGGGCAUGUUGGAAUAAGGGGCACGGCGCUGUCCGAUUAGCAGGACAAAGCACUAUCACACUCAUGAAAAGCGAAAGCACGGGCUAUCUAUAACAAGCACUUGAUUGUCGCGAAUGCUUUAAGUAACGAGGCUCGGUAUGCGCAACAAGCAGCAUAAUUGACCAGCGUCACAAAUACCGGCAAUACAUAAUUAAUACUCAUGACGAUUACAUUUUGGGACGGGCGGAGAACAUGGCAUGAAUCAGCCACAUCGCUCGGAAGGCACGCGAAACAACGACAAUCGUA